AUGACUAGCGCCUCCCAUCUUGAGCUUCAAGACCGAAUACAAUUCACUACCUCUUUAUCGGAUUUGGUGGUUGAAUCCCAGCAGCUCCGAACAGCUAUUUUGUCAUCCCUUGUCACGAACAAGCUCUCACAUCCAAUUGCAAAGUUUUUAUCGGCACAUGACAAGUCUCCAACAUAUACAUGCCAGGAUUGGGAAGUCUGCCCCGCUGGUCUCCUACAGUUGCAGAACAAAUUGGCUGUAGCCCUUUGUACGUUGGUUUUACGAGCUGGAAUUUACUCCCAAAAGGAUGACACAAUCUUUCUUGAUCCAUCACUCGCCACCUCAUUGUUAGAAAAGCAACUUGACCUUUCAAAAAUUAAGAAUACUUGCUCCGCUCAUUACUCCAUACGAUCAAACCCCAACUCUCCAAGUAUCGUAUCCAUAUUCGAGACCUCUGCAACUCCUGACAUUAAGACCAACAGCCGCGACUGGCGAAUGCAUCUGAGAGAGGCGAUGCUUAGAGACGCCGGCCGGCAAAACGAUGUGAUCAUCGCCGAGGUUGGAAUGAUAUGCCGUGAUCUGGAAAUUAGGUGCGAUGGAGUGGAAAAGCCUCUACGGGACGAGGAAGAGCGAUCAGAGAAAUUACGGCAAGAGAUCAAGGAUCUGGAGGCCCGGCUGGAAGAAGAGACUGAGGAACGGUCUUCUCUGAAUGAGACCCUCGAACACGAGAGGGAAGAGUUCAAGUAUAAGCUUGAUGGGGAGAACGAGAAGGCUCGCGAGCUAUUUUCUAGAAUAGGAGACCUCGAGAGAGAGCUGCAAACAGCCCGAGAUGAGGCGUCCAGAGUUAGAUCAGAAUCCCAGGAAGCUUUUGAGAAACUGGAUGCCCAGCAUAAGGCCGAGAUGGUAAGGAUAGGCAUUGAAUCCCAAGAGGUUCUCGAGGGUCUGCGCUCCUCGCACGAAGCUGAGCUUCGCCAAGUCCAUCACGAUUCCCAAGAGGCACUCGAAAAACUCUCCGCAUCGCACAAAGCAGAGAGGAAAGCGGCCCAAGAAGUGGCAGAUGAGCUUGCCCUCGGACACAUUGAGGUCCUGAAUCAACGUCAAGAAGCGAUCGAAGAACUUGAAACACAAAAUAGGUCACUUGAGCAACAAUCUGAUCGACUAAGGGAGGCUCUCGAAGAGCAGAGAAAGGAGAAUCACGCGGCUGAUGAGAAAGUCAUUAGAAUGGAUGAACGGAUCCGGGGUAUGGACCGUGAGCUUUCAGAGCUGAGUCUCGAGAUGGAGUGUCAGAAAACGGCUCUCGAUCGUAAGGAUAACGAGAUCGAAACUCUCAAACGGCAACUCCAAGCUGCAAAGUCAGACGCGGAAGAUAUCAGGAGGGUGAUGGAUGCGGAGGUUGCGAGGCUGCAAGAGAAUCUCAAGCAUCAGAAAGACUUAGCUCAGGAGCUGGAGAGAAAGCUUGAAGGGACGGAAAAGGAAGCAAGGGAGAGGAUCGAUAAUUUAGAAACUCAGAACAAUUCAAAAGUACGUCUUCCAUGA